UCUCAUUACUCUUUGCAUGAAGAAACCAGUUCUCUGGCGGUACAAUUCCUCCGGAAUCUGGUAAGCAAAGGAAAGAAUUAAUGUCUUUGUAUUGAAGCUUGAAGCCAAUAUUGAUAAGUUUCUCCAUUGAAAUUCGGUUACCCUUUUCAUGAGAGAAUUAAAAAAGCUAAGGAUGAGUUACCCUGGGGCAAGUUUUGAAGAGGCAGAAUGUGGAGAGGUGAAGGAGAAACCAGGGUACGGUAAGAUGAGGUUGAAGUAUAUCACAACGGUUAAGGCUGAAAAGUUGAAGAGCUUAAUUCUAUCUCGGAUCAGAGUGGCUCGACUGAAACUGUGGGUGACUAGAGCUUUAACCAUGAUGCUGCUUUGGGCCAUUGCCAUGCAGUUGAAAUCACUGGGAGAGGCUGUUUCAUCAGCUAGGACACCAAAAUCUACCUUUCCUUUUCCUCUUCCCCCUGAAAGGGUCUAUGAGAACAAUGGGUAUCUGAUGGUUUCUUCCAAUGGAGGAUUGAAUCAAAUGCGAUCCGGUAUCUGUGACAUGGUUACAGUUGCAAGAUUUCUAAAUGUCACCCUCAUUGUUCCUGAAUUAGAUAAUACAUCAUUUUGGAAUGAUUACAGUCAGUUUGCAGACAUAUUUGAUGUAGAAUACUUCAUUGCAUCACUGAGAGAUGAAGUUCGGAUAUUGAAAGAGCUACCCCCUGCGCAAAAGAAAAAGGUGGCUGAAUCAGUCUUUUCAAUGCCACCAAUCAGCUGGUCUAACAUGACCUAUUACUAUACUGUGAUUCUUCCGCGGAUACAAACGCAUGAAGUGGUGCACUUCCAGAAGACUGAUGCCAGGCUUGCUAACAAUGGGCUUCCUGACGAUGUCCAAAAGUUGCGUUGCCGAGUAAACUAUGAGGCUCUGAGGUUCGCUCCUCCCAUACAGGCGUUGGCUGAGAAGAUUGUCCGAAUUCUAAGAGAAAAAGGUCCUUUCCUAGUUCUUCAUCUCAGAUAUGAAAUGGACAUGAUAGCAUUCUCUGGUUGUAAUGAAGGUUGCAAUGAAGAAGAGAUCGAUGAGUUAACAAAAAUGAGAUAUGCAUAUCCCUGGUGGAAAGAAAAAGUAAUAGAUUCGGAGAAGAAAAGGCUAGCAGGUUUGUGCCCUCUAACUCCUGAGGAAACAGCGCUAACAUUAAAGGCAUUGGGUAUCGAUCGCAAUAUUCAAGUUUACAUAGCUGCUGGAGAUAUAUAUGGAGGAGAGAGGAGAUUGGCAACUCUUAGAGCAGCUUAUCCGAAUUUGGUCAAGAAGGAAACCUUACUUCCACCCUCAGACCUUGAUCCUUUCAGGAACCAUUCAAACCAGAUGGCAGCCCUGGAUUAUUAUGUAGCUGUGGAAAGUGAUAUUUUCGUUCCAACAAAUGGAGGAAACAUGGCCAAAGUCGUUGAAGGCCAUAGACGAUACUUGGGGUUCAAGGAAACAAUUCUUUUGGACAGAAAGGCUAUAGUCGAUUUAGUGGAUCUGUUCAGAGCUGGAUCAAUAAGCUGGGAAGAAUUCUCAUCAGAAAUGAAAGAGGCUCAUGCAGAUAGGAUGGGAAAUCCUGUCACAAGAUUGGUAAUUCCUGGUAAACCCAAGGAAGAGGAUUACUUCUAUACAAAUCCCGAAGAAUGUUUGGCAAGAGUUGAUGAGCCACAAGUAGGUUCUGAUGAUCAGCAACAUGAUGUUGAACCAUGAUAUCAGUGGCUACCAGGGUAAAUUAAAUGAUUUUCAAGCUGCUGCGUCUUACAACAAUAUUUUCUCUUCUCAGAUUUCGGUAAAAAAGAUAAGAAACACAAUCAUUUUGAGGAGAAAAUAUGAAGGACUAAUUGAAUGUCAUUUCAGUUUUCCAUAUAUAAUUUGUGUACACUGAUCAACUUGCAAAUGCAAGGGAAAAUCUGUUGAUUACAUGUAUAUUAUGCAUCAAUAUGUGCAAGUAUACUCAAUUUACAUAUCAGAUAAAUGACGAUGGUGGCCUUUUACUUU